AUGAGCGAGUUAUCACUUUCUUACCUUGUCGACCCUGCGGAAGUAGAAAAGCAAGCUCGAUCAAUGUUAAGAGCCAAAAAGGAUCUAUUCACUCGCUUAAAUGCCUCUCAUCAGCCACAACUUGUCGCUUUAGUUGAAGCUGAAUGGUUCAAAUCGUUUGUUUUUUGGCUAAAUUCACCUGAUAUUGAUUACCCUGGUCCAAUUCCAAACCAUAAGCUUUGCAAGAACGGAAAAUUAGAAAAUUCAAAACAAUUUGGUGUCGAUUACGCUGUCGUCACACUUGAUGGAUGGAAUAUAUUAAUUAAAGUCUUCCAAGGCGGUCCAAAAAUCACUAGAAACUACGUUUUAAAUCCAAAAUCUAACAAACCAACAAUAUUAAUCGAUCAAAUCCCAAUCGAAAUAGAAUUUCAAGGAAAAACAUUCAGGAAGCAUGUAGAAGGAAACUGGAAAGUCGGCCCUAUUAAAAAAUUGCUCUGUAAGAAGCUUGAUAUUCCAAAUCAAGAUUAUACUCUUUUUGAUCCUUCCUGUCAAGAGGAAAUUAGCAAUUCAUCAAAAAUAUCAGAAGUUAUUACUACGAAGGCCGGUUUAUGGCAUUUAGUCAUUACAGAAGAAGCCACAAAGCGACCUCCUCAAAUUAUCAAGAUGGAAAACCACAAAACAUCUACAUUCCAUUCAUUAUCAUAUGAUGUAGGCUUUGGCCAUAUCUGCCUUCCAGUUUUAUGUCUCUAUUCCCUUCAUAAAGUCCGAGAAUUAAUGUUUGAUCCAGAAUUACCAAAAUUCAUCAACAAAUCAGAUCCAACGAGUAGUGGAGGCAGAACCACAGCUCUUGUACGUAAGAUCUUCAGAGAUCUAGCUAAACCAACCGACGAAAGAGUUUCUUUUGACGCUUUUGUCAAUUUUGUCUAUCGUCGUUUUGAAGAAUUUGCUUUAACUUCAGAUGUGCGCUUUGCGGAGCAUGGUGUUUCCCUUAUCAUCAAUGCUCUCCACAAGGACCUUCUCCAUGAAGAGGAUAGCAAGAUUUCCGACCUUUUGUUUGUCGAAACUCACGGAUCUCUUGAAUGCGAAAGUUGCCAUCAAUUUACAGAUUUUGGAGAGUUCGUUGACAUGUUGACAGUCCCUAUUCCUAAGCAAACAGAUGAUACACGCCUGGAAGACUGCAUAGCCAGCUUUGCACUGCCUACAGAAUAUUCAGGAGCUGACAAAAUGAAAUGUCCUAAAUGUGGAAAAUUGUCGAAUAUGACGAAGUUCCAGACAGUUCAGUCGGCCAGAGAUGUCAUGAUUAUCAACUUGCAGAGAGUAACUGUUGAAGGAAUCCUUGAGAAUAAGAAUACAACAUUCGUAAGAUUCCCAUUCGAACUGAAAUCUGCUGCUUUCGUUUCUACAACUGAUGCUGUUUAUUGUUUGACAGCGGUUAUUUUCCAUCAGGGUGAUGUAGAAAGUGGCCAGUACAAGGCAGCUAUAAGGUUGCCUGAUGAUUCAUGGAUAUACGCUGAUAAUACUGCAACUGUUGUAAUCAAUAAGAAUGAAAUUGUUAAUCCUGAUGCUUCAAUUCUUUUCUAUGAAAAGAUUUAA